GCCAGCGGUUAGCCAAUGGGCGCCCACUACACCAAACCAGAGGGAAACCCACAGAACCAACGUGCUAACCAACAUCACAGCUGAACCCUUUUAAUUCACGUUCUACAACAAUGUUGAUGUCGUGAGGUCCUUUUACUUGACCUCCCUGACCGCCGUAGCCCAGCGGAGCGUCCCGCCCGGGGCGGUGGAGAUGGCCCACAUGCCGGCCCCCAUGACGGCCCCAAAGACGUCCCCUAUGAAGGCCCCCAUGACGUCCCCUAUGAAGGCCCCUAGGUCGUUCCCGAGGUCGGCUCCUAGGACGGCCCCCAGCAGUAAAGUGCGCCCGGUGCUCCCUAGACCAGAGGAGGAGGAGGAGGACGAGGACGAGGAGGCGGAGCUCUGGUUUCCAGAUUGUAAUGAUGAGGAAGAUAAGAAGGGAGGCGGUCCUCUCCAUCCCAGCCUGCCUCACUGUCCACCAAUCAGGGGCACCCCUCAGCGUCCCCAUGGCUACGGUGGCUCCCUGGGCUUCAAGCUGAACGGUGUGCCGGUGGAGCCUCAGGCAGGGGGCCCGGCUGACCUGCUGCUGGUGCACACGGGGGGCCCCUGUGGCUUCACCUCCCUACUGGUCUCCCCCCCCCCCCUCCUCUUCCCCUCCUCCUUCUACCCCCUCUCCACUGCUCCUCCAACCAGAGCCCACGCCCAUCAUCACAGGCGUGCUGUGUGGGGAGGCCGCAAAGAGGGUGCUGAGCGACUGUCAGGUCCCAGAGUCAGGCCCCCAGGAUGGGGUCGGUCUUCAGGAAAGCCCCUGGUCCCCAACUGGCCACCAUCAUCCUUUCAAAAAGACCCUGUGUUUAAGGGGCGGCGGCCAGCUCCGCAGACCUCGCCGCUGUUCCCACUGCGGGUCUCCCUUCCUCCUCGUCAGGAAGCUGAGGGGCUUCAUGUGUGCCUGCAGUAAUCAGAUCUCUGAGAGUCUGAAGAUCCACAAGAUCCACGUCCGGCGGUGGUCCUCCACCACCAGGACCCGGUCCUCCACCACCAGGACCCGGUCCUCCACCACCGGGACCCGGUCCUCCACCGGCCCCCCGGACCCCCUGGGCCCCCCGCAGACCGGCCCCCUCAGCCCCCCAAG